AAAAAAAUUAUUUUAUAUUAUUUUAUUAAAUUAAUGCAAUCGUUUGAUAACAAUCACGGUCUGAUCUCGGUUUUAAAUAAAUACCCCGAACUUUUAAAUACGAUUUCUUCAAAAUCAAAAUCUGUUUAAAACUGAGACCGACUAUUUAUUUUAAUUUAAAUUUAAGUCUACUCAAAAAAUAUUAUAAAAUAUUUUUAAUAAAAAUUAAAUUAUGCCCAAUUGUAAUUGUGAUAACAAACAACAAAGAGUUUUCAAUGGUCUAGGAUAUAAUGCUGCACCUUCAGCUCCAUCUCUAGAAAUUAAUAUUAAUCAAAAUAACCCAAGUCCUUGUCAAUCCUACAUUGAUGGCUAUACCCCAACUCCAAUCUCUUCACCCAUAACGAAAUCAAUUCGGCGCCCUCCAAAUUCACCUCCCCCACCUCCACCAUCUGCCCCCUUUUUAGAAAAUGAAUAUUCAACACCUAAUUAUUUAAUUAAUGAUAAUAAUAGAAGAGAAGGUUGGCGACAAUUAGGCAGAAAUGCAUCAAUUAAGGCUGUAAAAGCAGGAGAGGCUAUUCGUAAUAAAUUUAAUAAUGAAAGGAAUUGGGCUAUAUUUAAAUUAAGUUUAUGCGAAUUAUUAUUUUCAACAAUUCUUCUUUCACUUGGCAUUGUUUGCGUUUGUAAAACAAAAGAAUUUUGUCCCUAUUAUUCGGCUAUUUGGACUUCAAUAAUUUUCAUUUUAAAUUCAUUAAUUGGAUUAAUUACCUCAAAAACUAAUUUUGUUGAUCAUUAUAUUACUCAUUUAAUUCUUUCAUUAAUUUCCAUUGUUUUAACUUUUGUUGGAGGAACAAUUUCUUUAAUAAAUUGGCAAUUAAUUGGAACAUACAAACAAAAUAAUGAAAGAGGACGGCAAUUAAUUAAUCCAAAAGCAGAUGAGGAACAAAUGUAUAGAGCCUUUUGUCUUUUAGGAGAACACGAUUCUCGAAGGAUUAGUUAUAUUUAUUCACAUAUGAAUGAAUAUAAUUUUAGAGAGUGUCUUAUUGGAGUUAAAAUUGGCAUUGCUGUUAAUAGCUUACAAUUUUUAAUUACAGCAUUACUGGGAAUUCUUUUUCUUGUUUCAAUUGUUCUUUGUUUAUUUCGAAUAUGUACUAAAUAUGUUGGUGGUGAAGAUAAUAAAAAAUGA